GGGCCCGGAGCCGCCGCCGCGGCGACUGAAUCCGGGGCGGGGAAAGAGGGGGAUCGGGGCGCCGCCGCCGCCCCCCGGAGCCUUGAGUGCCACCCCAGAGGAGCCUGCCGUCCGGAGCCAGGACCGGGCCCUGUUGGAGAGAUUCUAGGAGCAUUCUUAUUCUGAGACUCAGUCUUUGGUGCCUAACACUUGAACCCUGGGAGGGCCUGCUUCCUGUUCAGGCCUAAACUGUGGGGAAGUUGGGGGUAAAACAGCCAUUUAUGUAUUCAGCCACCCAGGCAGAGGAGAAUGGGGUCUCCACAGCCUGAAGAAUGAAGACUCGACAGAACAAAGAUUCAAUGUCAAUGAGGAGUGGACGGAAGAAAGAGGCCCCUGGGCCAAGGGAAGAGCUGAGGUUGAGGGGCCGGGCCUCCCCUGGUGGGGUCAGUACCUCCAGCAGUGAUGGCAAAGCUGAGAAAUCCAGGCAGACUGCCAAGAAGGCUCGAGUAGAGGAGUGUUCCACCCCAAAGACCAGCAAGCAGGGUCGUAAUGAGGAGAUCUCAGAGAGUGAAGGCGAGGAGACCAGUGCACCUAAGAAGACCAAAACUGAGCAGGAGCUCCCACGGCCACAGUCACCCUCUGAUCUAGAUAGCCUGGAUGGUCGAAGUUUGAAUGAUGAUGCCAGCAGUGACCCAAGGGACAUUGACCAGGACAACCGAAGCACAUCUCCUAGCAUCUACAGCCCUGGAAGUGUGGAAAAUGAUUCUGACUCAUCUUCUGGCUUAUCCCAGGGUCCUGCCCACCCUUAUCAUCCACCCCCCCUCUUCCCACCCUCUCCCCUACCCCCAGAUAGCAACCCCCGCCCUCCAGAGCCUGGCUUUGAACCUCAUUCCUCAGUGCCGGCCACUGACUACCACUCUACCAUGGAGUCCCCAGGCCCUCGGAUGUUCCAGGCCCCACCUGGACCCCCACCUCAUUCACAGCUCUAUUCUGGAGGGUCUGGGGGGGGCAUCUUGUCUGGGCCCCCAUUAGGUCCCAAGGGGGGAGGGGCUGCCCCUCCUGUGGGGCCUCCUAGUGGGCCUAAGCAACAUCCUCCACCCACUACCCCCAUUUCCCUAUCUGGCCCUGGAGCCGGUGGACCACCUCCUAAGCCACCUCCCACCCCUGGUGGGGUGGGUAACCCACCUCCAGCUCCUCCAGCUCCAUUUCCCCACGUGGCACCCAACCUCCCCCCCCCACCUGCCCUUCGGCCCCUCAAUAAUGCCCCUGCCUCAUCUCCUGGCCUUGGGGUCCAGCCACUGCCCGGGCACCUCCCUUCCCCCCAUGCUAUGGGGCAAGGCAUGGGAGGCCUACCCCCCGGCCCAGAUAAAGGCGCUAGCCUGGCUCCCUCGCCCCACCCCAUCCCUCCAGUCUCUUCCUCCACCCCAGCCCCUCCGUUGAGGUAUCCUUAUGCCUCCUCCUGCAGCUCAGCUGCAGCUUCUUCCAGUUCAUCCUCUUCCUCCUCGGGCCCCCAGUACCCGGCCUCCCAAGCACUGCCCAGCUACCCGCACUCCUUCCCACCGCCCACGAGCCUCUCGGUGUCCAGCCAGCCCCCCAAGUACACCCAGCCCUCCCUGCCUUCCCAGGCCGUGUGGAGCCAGGGCCCCCCUCCUCCCCCCUACGGCCGGCUCCUGGCCAACAGCGGCAACGCCCACCCGGCCCCCUUCCCCGCGCCCAGCUCGGGUCAGGCCGGCGGUCACCCCCCAGGCCCUCCAGCACACCAUCACCACCAGCAGCAGCAGCAGCAGGGCCCACCGCCCCCCCAGCAGCAGCAGGCCCCGCAGCAGCAUCCGCCUGGGGGCACAGCGGCCCCGGCCACCCCCGGGCCCUACCAGCACGGCCUCGAAGGCGGCGCCCACCACAGCCACCCCUAUUCCCUGUCCCCGUCCCUGGGCCCCCUGCGGCCUUUCGCACCCGGGACGGCGCACCUGCCCCCGCCCCACGGCCAGGGCCCGGGUCCCUACAGUAGCCAGGCUGGCCCGGGCAGCGGGGCCGCCGUCACAGCCGCCUCAUCCUCGUCUUCCUCCUCAUCCUCGUCCUCGUCGCAAGGGCCCUACCCUUGCUCCCACGCGUCGCCCUCCCAGGGCCCCGCCGGGGCCGCCCCAUACUCCUUCCCGCCGGUCACCUCGGCCUCGGCCACGCUCUCCACGGUCAUUGCCACCGUGGCCUCGUCUCCGGCCGGCUACAAGACGGCCUCGCCGCCCGGCCCGCCGGCCUACACGAAGCGGGCCCAGUCCCCGGGGGCCUACAAGACCGCCACGCCGCCGGGCUACAAGCCAGGCUCUCCCCCGGCUUUCCGCACGGGGACCCCACCGGGCUACCGCGGGGCCUCGCCUCCCGCCGGCCCCGGGGCCUUCAAGCCGGGCUCCCCGGCCGUGGGGCCGCUGGGCCUGCCCGCACUGCCCCCGGGCCCGGGCGCUGCCUCGGCCGCCGCGCCCCCACUCAGCGCGGCCCAGAUCAAGCAGGAGCCGGCCGAGGACUACGAGGCCCCCGAGAGCCCCGCGCCCCCCGCCCGAAGCCCCUCGCCGGCACCCAAGGUGGUGGACGUGCCCAGCCACGCCAGCCAGUCGGCCCGGUUCAACAAGCACCUGGACCGCGGCUUUAACUCGUGCGCGCGCAGCGACCUGUACUUCGUGCCGCUCGAGGGCUCCAAGCUCGCCAAGAAGCGCGCGGACCUGGUGGAGAAGGUGCGGCGCGAGGCCGAGCAGCGGGCGCGCGAGGAAAAGGAGCGCGAGCGGGAGCGGGAGCGCGAGAAGGAGCGCGAACGCGAGAAGGAGCGCGAGCUCGAACGCAGCGUGAAGCUGGUUCAGGAGGGCCGAGCCCCAGUGGAGUGCCCAUCACUGGGCCCUAUGCCCCACCGCCCACCGUUCGAGCCUGGAAGUGCAGUGGCCACUGUGCCCCCUUACCUGGGGCCUGACACUCCUGCCCUCCGCACACUCAGCGAGUAUGCUCGGCCCCAUGUCAUGUCUCCUGGUAAUCGUAACCAUCCCUUCUAUGUGCCCCUGGGUGCAGUGGACCCAGGGCUCUUGGGCUAUAACGUCCCAGCCCUCUAUAGCAGUGACCCAGCUGCCCGAGAACGAGAGCGAGAAGCCCGGGAACGUGACCUUCGAGAUCGCCUCAAGCCUGGCUUUGAGGUGAAGCCUGGAGAGCUGGAGCCCCUGCAUGGGGUCCCUGGGCCAGGCUUGGAUCCCUUCCCUCGGCAUGGGGGUCUGGCCUUGCAACCUGCCCCACCUGGCCUGCACCCUUUCCCCUUCCACCCAGGCCUAGGGCCUCUAGAGCGUGAGCGUCUGGCACUGGCAGCUGGACCAGCCCUUCGGCCGGACAUGUCAUAUGCAGAGCGGUUAGCAGCUGAAAGGCAGCAUGCAGAGAGGGUGGCAGCCCUAGGCAAUGACCCCCUGGCCCGGCUGCAGAUGCUCAAUGUGACUCCCCAUCACCACCAGCACUCCCACAUCCACUCCCACCUGCAUCUGCACCAGCAGGAUGCCAUCCAUGCAGCCUCUGCCUCUGUGCAUCCUCUUAUUGACCCUCUGGCCUCAGGGUCCCAUCUUACCCGGAUCCCCUACCCAGCUGGGACCCUCCCGAACCCCCUCCUGCCUCACCCCCUGCAUGAGAAUGAGGUUCUCCGUCACCAGCUCUUCGCCACCCCUUAUCGGGACCUGCCAGCCUCACUCUCAGCUCCCAUGUCAGCAGCCCAUCAGCUGCAGGCCAUGCAUGCCCAAUCUGCUGAAUUGCAGCGCCUGGCCCUGGAGCAGCAGCAGUGGUUACAUGCGCACCACCCCCUACACAGUGUGCCGCUGCCUGCCCAGGAGGACUACUACAGUCAUCUGAAGAAGGAAAACGACAAGCCUCUGUAGAGCACCAGCUGUAUACCCUUGUGAUGGGACCAGCGGGAGGGAAGGAGAGCCUUCUCUGGCAUAGCCAGGCAGUGCCAGAGCCCCCCCUGAGGAAAAUGAAGCGGCCCAGCCCAGAGAGAAGACAGAAGUGGGGGGCGCUGGAUGAGGCAGGGGUACUGGGGAGAUAAGUGUGGUGAGAAGCAAAAGCGCACAGCAGCACGGGCCGGGAUUCCCCUUCCUUGUUUCUCCUGCCCCUCCCAGCGUUCUGGGGGGGAGCAGUUGCCCCCUCCUCCCUUCCCCCUACCUUGGUGUGAUUAUUUCAUCUGUUAGAUGUGGCUGUUUUGCGUAGCGUCGUGUGCUGCCCCCGCCCCUCCCCCCAACCUGUGUGCGGCGCGCCUCCCCUGUUGUAUACCCCCCACAAUUCCUCCCCCACAUUAAUAAUUUAUAUAUAUAUAAAUAUCUAUAUGCCACUCUUU